UUGAUCAGUCUGCAACCCUAGUUCUGGAGGGUAGGUUGGUUGUUUCCCCGACGAUUCGCGACCGGUGAGCACGUGGAGGCUAGUGAUACGAACGAAAAACGCGUGUGAAUAAGGUGACGAUUAUAAAUAUUAAUGACAACGACGAUGAACUUCUUUCAGGCGUUUGGAUAUUUUGUAUCGUUUGCUGUCCUCCUAAGUUACUUCGGUGUUUCAUCUCUAAAGGACAUUCGCAUUAGUGUACCUGUGGCAGUUCAAAGAGGCGAAAGGGCAAUUCUGCAGUGUCAAUAUGACCUCGAAGGGGAUCCACUGUAUACCGUCAAGUGGUACAAAAGCGAAAGAGAAUUUUUUCGGUACGCGCCUAAAGAGAAACCUCCCUACAAGUACUUUAAGUUGCCGGAACACAAACUCGUUGAAAAAUAUUGCAAUGCCACUCAAAUAGUUUUUGACAACGUUUCGAUGGCCGUUGCUGGUCUCUACAGUUGUGAGAUAUCCUUAGAUGAGCCUUCGUUCUUUACCGAUGUCAGAUCGGGAGUGCUGAAGGUAGUAGAAGUUCCCCAAAGUGAGCCAUUGAUUGUUGGGGUAAAGAAGCGAUACCGACAAGGCGACGUGGUCAAAGCGGAUUGUAUCUCCAGAAAUUCAUGGCCUGCUGUUAACUUGACGUGGUAUCUUAACGAUCGCCCAGUACAUAUAUCCCAUCUUAAAAUUCACAAACCUCACAAUUCCACUGAGGGUUUGGUAAGUGCGAAACUGGGUCUUCGUAUGUUAAUAACGGAGCAACUGUUUUCGCGAGAAAGACUUAAAAUCCGAUGUGUCGCAAGCAUGUACACCGUGUACUAUCGCAGCUGCGAGAAGAGCAUAGAAAUGGAAAAAAGAAGACCUCCAACAUACAGAACCACGACGACUACAGAGUUUCCUUGGAUUGAACCACCUCCUGAAAAAUAUCCACAUACAACAUUGGUUCUUGCACCUUCCACGAAAAACGACAAAAGUUCCCAUUCCAGCUGCAAUCGGUGGUUGUUGACUGUGCUAGUCGUAAAAACAAUUGUCGGUUUAUAUUCGCAGCGGUGAAACUAAUCGCUAUAGCUUAUGCUCGGUUUUUACUUGUAAUUAAUAACUGUCUAAAGGAAAAUAAAAUAAUUACGAUACCUGACAUGAUGCUGCUAGUUAAUGUAUAUUUGUGUAAACUAAUUAACUAUGUCGAACAGAUGAUGUAAAUUUAUUGUAUAUAACAGAUACAUAAAAGGACGGAUGCGAUUGUGUGGAUAAAGGCUGUUUAUAAAAAAAUUUAGAUGAAUUAAUUGAAAAAAGGCUCAGUUACGCAAAGUUACCACGAUUGUUUACAAUUAACCUUUUCUAAGGCUAAAGGGUUCAUAUUUAGUGCAUUCAGAACAAAAGAAUGGUACAACCCAUGUGAUUUAUUUGAAAGGUUUUAAUUUGAAAUACAAAGAAUAAGAAAUACAAAUUUUAAUUUCUACUUAUGGUAUGUUUAGAAAGUUUAGUUUCUAUCUAUGUUUGAAAGGUUUAAUUGCUAUCUACAUAUGUUUAGAUAGUUUAAUUUCUACCCAUGUUUAGAAGGUUUAAUUGCUAUCUACGUUUAGAUGGUUCAGUUUCUAUCUAUGUUUGGAAAGUUUAAUUGCUAUUUAUGUUUAGGUGGUUUAGUUUCUAUCUAUGUUUUGAAGGUUUAAUUGCUGUCUAUGUUUAGAUAGUUUAAUUUCUAUCUAUGUUUGGAAGGUAUAAUUGCUAUCGAUGUUUAGAUGGUUUAAUUUCUA